GGGCAGAGAGGAAGGCACGCGAAGAGGGAUUUGAGAAAGAGAGGCAAACGCACACCGAGAGGAUUAUGGAGCUUGAGACGGAGCUAAGGAUUGUGAGGAUAGAGAGGCAGCGAUUAGCGGAGAGAGCUGAGAGAUUUCAGUCAGAGCAUGAGAAGGCCGGACUAAUGCAUUCCGAGAAGGUCGAGAAGUUGGAGGGUGAAAUGCGCAAUGCGUUUGAGCAAGAGAGCCAAACGUAUGCAGAGAGGAUAAGGGGGCUUAAGGCUGAGCUAAGAAUUGCGGAGAUGGCGAGGCAGGGAUUGGUAGAGAGAGUUGCGAAAUUCCAAUCAGAGUAUGAGAGGGCAAAGGAAAUGCACUCGGAGAGAGUCAAGCAGUUGGAGGAUGACAUGAGCAAUACGACGGCCGAAAGAGACGCCAUCAGAGAGAGCUUUGAGAAAUCAAAGGCCAGGGUCGAAGAACUGGAAUAUAGGUUGGAGACGGAAAGACUCCGAGGUGCAGACAUGCAUCCCUUCAGAGAAUUUUCCCUGGAUGAGUUGACAGCAUCGACAAAUGACUUCCACAAUAACUGCAAGGUAAAACAGUUGCAACCUAACGGUUAUGGAUGUGUAUACGUGGGGAAGAUCACACCCGUCGAGGUAAGGCGACUCGACGGGGGAAACAGCAUGUCACGGAAUCAGCAUCGCCGAUUGACGAGAGAGCUUGUGGACUUGUUGAAGUCUCUUCAACACCCACACCUGCAGAUCCUGUUGGGAGUGUGUUACGGAGGAAAUUGUCUCGUGUACGAGCACUUGGCAAAUGGAAAUGUGAAAGAUUGGGUCUCCUCAGCUAGUGGGUCACAAAGAGGCUUCUUGCCGUGGUAUAUCCGCCUGCGGAUUAUGGCCCAGGUUGCGAACGCCCUGUCCUUCCUCCACUCCAUUCAGUCACUGAGAGGAGGUCCUAUCAUCCACCGAGCCAUCAAGCCCGAAAAUAUAUAUGUAGAUAACAACUUCCUGGCAAAAAUCACUGAUCUGGAUGUGGCGUUACUUGCCUUACCGCGCACUGAAGCAGAUGCAGCACAAGGAAUGUUUAUGUUCCCGGGACCUGAUGUUCGGUACAUGGCCCCUGAGUUGUUCCGCAGUCAGUCUGAGGUCUUCACUGAGCAGACCGACAUUUAUGCAUUUGGCAUCACAAUCUUGGAGAUCCUAACAGGAAAUUUCACGAACGCAUUGGAAAUCAUGGAGGGUGCAGUGGAAGACGUGGCAACGUUCAGAAGUACUCUGGACCAGAGCGCAGGAAGUUGGGAUGUAGAUCUGGCCAUGGAAGCGGCACAAGUGGGGCUGAGAUGUGCGAGUUUGAAAAAACACCACAGGCCUAGUAUGACAGGUGAAGGUGCCAUUCUCCCUGUGCUGGAAGAAAUUGCUCAUAAUGUGGACCUCGCUGACUCGAUUGAGGACAUAGGGAGGAUGUCGUAGAGCCUUAAAGUUUGUGACUGACUCAGUCAGAGUGUUAAGGGGGAAGAGUGGACGCGAGUGGACAAGA